AUGUCAGACAGACGGCUGCCGCCGGUGAGUGCGUGAAAGUAUGCGCUAGACGGAGGCGCGCGUAGGGUCAUUACACAGGCGCGGGGACAAACUGACUAAGAAUGGAACUUAAUUAUCAGGCCGAUUUCCCUGCGACCAAGGUCGGAAACAACGGGACAGGUAAAAGCACGCGAACAAAAUGUCAUUGGGGUCCCUCAGUUGGAGAAAAAUCAUUGAAGGAGCCAAACACGCUGAAUACACACAAUGAGAAACCGAUCUUCAUAUGGUCGGCUUGAAAUUACAGAUACUCAGAUGUUUUAUUGGUGAAACGGUCAAAGAUAUUCCGAAUAGCAUAACGUAAAAACUGUCUCCAAGAAACGAGUACGAUUCGACCAAUCGGCGUCCCUAUUGACAACCAUUAACUGAGGAUAGUAACAGGGCCCGCGCUACUUCUCACCAUAAGCUUCUAAGGAGUGAAUUUGUCCACUGUGCCAGGGCCGCAUAUGAAGUGGGCACCUAUAUCUGCUAAUAGAACUUCACACCUUCACAUAUCAAAAAAGAUCCAGUCCUUCUGAGAAAAGGGUUCUGUGGUUUCUGGUUAUCCGACCCCCCUCCCCGGAUCUGAAGUCGAUAAAAUAUCCAGAUUGUCACGACCUCGGACUGCAAUACCUGUUGGUAUCAUACUAAUUUCGGCGCAAGGGUCCGUCGCUGUUCCUCACCCUCCUCUUACAAGUCGAAAGAGGGAAUCCAGUCAGCCAGAGGAUAGACGCGACCGUUUUCUCUGGCUCUGGUCGCACUUUCUAUGUUUGCGACACUGCGACUCGCAGACGUUUCCUGGUGGAAACUGAAGCCCAGAUCAGCGUUGUCCUCCAAACUCCAGCUGAUCGUCGUUUCCCCAGCCCUGGUAUUCGCCUCCAGCUGCCAACUGUUCUCCCAUUCCCACUUUUGGCAGUCUGUCCCUCACCCUGAACAUUGGCCUUCGUCGGUCAUUCACCUGGAUCUUUGUGAUUGCUGAUGUCCCUCAUGCUAUCCUCGGCUCGGACUUUCUUGCCGAGUUCGACCUCCUUGUUGACUGCCGACGUGCCCGUCUCCUCGACUGCACAACCGGCCCGUCUGUUCGUGGCCUUACUCACUUUACUGCCCUCACCAACUUAUUUGUCCUGGAUACAGAUAUUGCAAGCCCCUUUCGGGAACUGCUUCCUAGUCACCCCAACAUAAUCAAACCCUAG